CGCAAUAUUAUUCGCCAGCAGUUAGCCCAUUUAAACCCCGAACAAAAAGCCCAAUUGGACCGAGAAAUUGAAAAAAAAAACUGUGAAUUAAAAGAAAUCAAAAAGGUCGUGCAAACUGCUGCUAAACGAUUAAUCAUUUGCUCUCCGGGAAUGCCUGGCAUUUCACAUUCGACUCUCAAACUUACUAAAAAAAAUGAAUACGAACCCGAAAUAUAUUUGCUUUACAAACAAUUGUUUAUCAGUCCAAAAACCGAUUUAAUCAUCGAAUUAGGAAAUGGUUUUCAGAUAGUAAAAAGCGCCGUGCAUUUUUCCAAGCCCGACCAACAAACUUUUGAAUUGCAUAAGAAAGAGGACGGGACCUUGGAAAUUGCUGGAUUGACCCAGGCCGAAGCAAAGAACUUUUUCAAAAGGCUGGUCGGCAAACCUACUAUUUACAAUGUUCUUUGUAAACUCGAACCAUACGAAGUAAGAGACAAAGAUAUCGAUUUUGUCGGUUUUACCAACUCCAAAAAGUUCAAAAUUGCCACUGUUGAGUCCCAUAUAGCAUUUUUCAUUUUUGAUACGUUUUUUGGCACCAAUAUCCUUGGGACGAUUGCUUAUCCUUUUCGCAAUUGGGGAAGGAGAGCCGGAGAAGUAGAUGUUCCGAAAAUUGGCUACAAAGACGUGGGAGGUUACGAUGAAGUUCCUACUAGCACGAUAUUAUAUGGGCCGCCUGGCAAUGGCAAGACUUUGGUAGUUAGGGCUACUGCCGGCGAAUGUCAGAAGCCUUUUCUCUUUCGCUCAGGUUCCGAAUUUGAGGAGUCAGUAGUGGGGUUGGGAGCCCGACGGAUGCGGGAACUUUUUCGCCGGGCCCGCGAACUAGCCAAAGUAUAUGGAUUUUGCUUUGUUUUCAUUGAUGAAAUUGACUCAAUUGGUCGUAAAAGAUAUUCGACCCAUCCCGGACACGCUGAGCAGACCCUUAAUCAAUUACUAACUGAGUUGGAUGGAUUUCAUCCUCGUGAUAAUGUUAUUGUCCUAGCAGCCACUAAUUCCCUACAU